AUGAUGUUUUCAGAUUUAUUGCUCACAAUACAGACCGAGAGCCGACAGCUUAGCGAUGACAUUGGCAAAGUAAAAAUAUUUAUUGACAAUGUUCUUCCCGUACAACUAGCGCUCACUCCAAAUUACAUAAAACGAGUUAUAUUUGCGUAUGUCGAUCGGCGUAGAUCUGGUAUUGAAUAUGACGGACAAGACGACAGCGAUGUAGCCGUUACUUUGAUGGCUGCCAUCGGCACUAUGUCAACGCCGGCUCGAGACGAGGAGGGUUUCGCAUCACAAGUCACAAAAUGGCACUAUCUAGGCUAUCUACAAAAACGCUCAACACAAGCUCUGGUUCUAGCCAUGCUAUUUUUUAAAUAUCGAGUGCAAAGUAGACAGGCUGAAGUGUACUCUCAGCUACUGCAGCGCGGAAUUUUAGAUUUACAGCAACAAGGUCCAAUAGACCAGGACUCGGCUUUAGCUGCCUGGACUUUGGUUCAUAUUCAAGCAGAGCAGCUGAGCUGGGAUAUGGGAUCGCUUAUUAUUACGUGCCAAAGUUUGCCCAUUCCGGACGCCGAAUAUAUUCAAAUUCAAUACGGUCCCACAGUCUGGGAUUUAUUUCUCAUGAGGACCUUACACGCACAGUCUAUUGCAGAUAGUCUUGUAAAUUCGACCCGUAUCCCGGACUGGUUCCUUACGUACUACCACACAUCGGCAGAUAUCAGCUCUCUCAUUAGCCUCACAUGGCACAUCGGGCACGCGAUAAACAAUCUAAGAGAGAAACACUAUAAUAAUAUAGGAAACACAGUCACUGCAACACUGAAGGAAUAUCUUAAGAGGGCUCAGAAUUUGCCAAAGGCAGAAAGACGAAUACGCUUUCACACGUAA